AUGUCUGACGAGGAGAAAUUGAAACAGGAGGCGAUGAAUGACUCGCUUUUGAACGAUGAACCCACUGCCUAUGAAGACAGAGGAGCUAAAAGAGGUUUGGAUGUAGAUGAAGAUGAUGAUAACAACAAUGACAAUAAUAUUAACGCUGGUCGUCCUAAAAACGCAUCUACAUUGGAUGACGAAGAAUUAGAUGAUGGCGAAGAUGAAGAUGAAGAUGAAGAGGAUGAAGCUCCAGGUAAAAGAAGAAAGAGAAGAAGAGCCAACCAGUUUAUUGAUAUUGAAGCUGAAGUUGAUGAUGAAGAAGAAGAUGAAUUGGACGAAGAAGAUGAGGAAGCCGAAUUAUUAAGAGAACAGUUUAUCUCAGAUGAUAGAGGUGAAAUUGGUGAUGAAGCCAAUAAUCAAGAUGAUCGUUUGCAUAGACAAUUUGAUCGUCGUCGUCAAGAAGCUGAAGAUCAAGAUGCUGAACAAUUGGCAGAAACUUUAAAACAGAGAUAUAGAAAAACCCAUACUGUUUACAGAGGUGACACUGCAGAUGGUACUGUAUCUCAAAAGUUAUUGAUGCCUUCCAUUAAUGAUCCUCCAAUUUAUGCUAUUAGAGUUAACCCUGGUCGUGAAAAGGAUUUGGUUAGAAAAUUGUACGAGAAGAAGAGAACUUUGGCUAGAAAGGGGGUUCCAUUGGAUAUCUUGACCGUAUUCCAAAGAGAUUCUUUUAAAGGUUAUAUUUAUAUUGAAGCUACCAAGCCAGAAGCCAUCGAAAGAGCAUUAAAUGGUGUACCAGGAGUCUACAUGAGAAAUAGAUUAUUGGUCCCCGUUGGAGAAUAUCCUGACUUAUUGAAGCAAGUUAAAUCUACUGACGUUGAAUUGGUACCAGGGAUCUACGUUAGACUUACUCGUGGUAAAUAUAAAGGUGAUUUAGCAAUUGUGGAUAAUUUAUCUGAAAAUGGUUUGGACGUCAGAUGUAAGUUGGUACCCAGAUUGGAUUAUGGUAAGAAUGAUGACUUUGAUAAGGAUGGAAGAAGAAUUAAACUGAAACUAAGACCAAUUCCAAGAUUAUUCAGUGAACAAGAAGCUAGAAUGUAUGACGGAGAAGGUCUUCAACCUGGAAGAGGUACCCGUACAUAUUUUUACCGUGGUGAUGAAUAUAUUGAUGGGUUUUUGUUUAAGGAUUUCAAAUUACAAUUUGUGCAAACAAAUGAUGUGCAUCCUACAUUAGAAGAAUUGGAUAGAUUUCAAACUGGUGGUACAGAAGAAGGAUUAGAUUUGGCUGCUGUUGCAGCAUCUAUAAAGAACAAAAAUGAUCCUUCAACAUCCAAAAAUAUCUUUCAAGCCGGUGAUAAAGUGGAAAUUCGUCGUGGUGAGUUAGCAAGAACAAUUGGUAAAGUAACAAGUUGUUCAUUGAAUGAAGUCUCCAUCACUGUUACUGAUAGUGGAGAUGCUAACUUUGUUAAUCAAGCCAUCACUGUUCCUGCUUCUGAUUUACGGAAAGUUUUCGUUUCUGGUGACCACGUGAGAGUGGUUCAAGGUAAACAUGCAGAUGAAACCGGGUUGGUGAUUAAGACUGAUGGAGACAAUGUUGUUUUGUUAUCUGAUCAAACUCAAGAAGAUAUUCGAUUGUUUGCUAACUAUUUGAUAAAGGCCACUGACUCAUAUACUGAUUCUUUCAACAGUAUUUACAGCAUUAAAGAUAUGGUACAAUUGAAUGCAUCAACCGUUGGGGUCAUUGUUAAAACAGAAAAGGAUAUUUUCCAAAUUCUUACUUCUGAAGGGAGAUUAGUUAAGGUUAAACCUUCAGGAAUUGCAUCAAAAUUGAACUUGAGUAAAAGAGAACAAGCUGCCACAGACAGAAAUGGUUCAACCAUAAGAGUUGGAGAUACUGUCAAGGAAAGCUUGGGUGAUAAGAAGAGAGAAGGUUCAAUUUUACACAUUUAUAAGAAUGCUCUUUUCAUUGAAUCUCAUGAAAUCAUUGAAAACUUGGGUAUUUUCACCACUAAUUGUAUCAAUGUUACUACAAUUUCCACCAAGGAUUCGAUGGUAUCUAGAAGCUUGGGACCAGAUUUAAGUAAGAUGAACCCCAAUUUGAAGAUGCAAAAUCCUAUUGCUGCACUUGGGUUGAGGGCUAAACAAGGAGGUCGUGAUAAGUUAUUGAGUAAAGAUGUUGUUGUUACCGGUGGAAAUUAUAAAGGUUUGAAGGGUAAAGUUGUUGAUGCAGAUGAUACUUUUGUUCGGAUUGAAUUACACACCAAAGCUAAGAAGAUUAAGGUUGGUAAGAAUAAUAUUAGUGUAUUUGUUCGUGGAGAAGCCGUACCAUAUUUGCGGUUUAUUGGGGGAGGUAACUCUGGACCAUCAUCAUCUUCUCGACCAGAAGUUCCAGCUUAUAGUUCUUCUGGAAACGGUUCUUCAUGGGGAAGUACUGGACAAGGUGGAGGACAAACGUCUGCCUGGGGAGGAGCUACAGCAUGGGGAGGUAAUGGUGGUGGUGGCCGUACUCCGGCAGUUGGAAAUGCUUCAACUUGGGGUGGAGGAAAUGCAUCCUCUUGGGGAAGAGGAGCUGGAAAUGCUUCGACUUGGAAUGGAGGUAAUGCUUCUACAUGGGGAGGUGGAAAUGCUUCAGCUUGGGGAGGAGCCAACAACAAUAAUAAUAAUAAUAAUAAUAAUAAUGGCGGAGGUAAUUCCAAUUGGGGUGGAAAUAAAGGAGGUAAUUCUGCUUGGGGUGCUUCUGGUUCUGGAUCUACGUGGGGCAAUGGAAGUGGAUCUACAUGGGGUAAAGGGGGGAAUCGAAGUGCUUGGGGUAAGCAAUAA